CGAACCAACACCACAUUCAUCAACCAUGGCCGGAAGCCCAUUACCACCACCACCACCAGCAGUGGCUGCAGGACCGUCGACGCAGAGCGCAAACGCGGCGGAAGCAGCACCGGCUCUCGCUCCAGGGACGUUCACGUCUGUCCUCCCGGCCCUUGAGGACGUCCUCGAGCUCAUCUACGGCAUCGCCGAGGGCGAGGCCAUCAAGACGGAGGACGUGGUUGCCAAGGCCAAGGCGAUCAGCACGCAGCUCCAGGCGAUGAAGAAGGCCGCGAGCACCCUGCCCGGCGGCCACCUCGGCGCCGAGUCCGUGUCCGAGCUCACGCGCAUCCUUGAGGCGCAGGCGGCCAGCAAGCGUGCCGUGCUCAAGGCGUUUCUGGAUAUCCCGACGCCUGCGGUUGAUGCCGAGUCGAACAGAGGGGUCGAUGGUGGGAGCGACACGCCGGCCGCGCCUUGAGGGGGCUGGAAUGCCGACAGAAUGGGCUUGGGCGUACCUCGCGCCAUGCCAUGAGCUAUAGAUUGC